UUUUAGGUUAAGGUUAGGUUAUGUUUAAUUAUGUUGUGCAAGUAGUGAACAGUUUGAUGGGAGACAUUGUAGUUAUUGUGAACGUUUACUUUGAUAAGUAAAACAUGUUUUUCUAUUAAUGAUUCUUAAUAAAUUAAAAGUCAAUUGCUGUGGAUCAUAAGACUAGGAAAUUUUUGUUUGAACUUUGUGUUAAUUGAAACAGUUCUAACCUCUAAUGAUGAAAACUGGAAUGCUAAUUAUAUCUAACCCUAAUAUUGUUCAUAGGGUACUGCCUAUGUUACAAAGCGAAAUUAAAAAUACAGUUUAUAUUCAGUAUUUUCCAGCGACCAAGUGGAAUAAAAGUUUAACUUUAAAAAACACAAUAAAGAAUACACCCAACUGGCCCCUGUAUAGUUCAUCUUUAAUUGGUCUUUACUCUAAAGCCUUGCCCUAUAAACAUUUGGACGUAAGGGUUCUGCUUUCUGGAAUUAGAAAUCAGAAUUUAAGUAAAGUCAUCACAAAAAAUCCAGUAGAAGUUGUGUAUUAUGAUAAGUUGUUUAGUAAAGAAGAAAUGCACAAAUAUGUUGGAACCUUUAUUCAAAACAAAUCUUUGGAAUGUCAAGUUAUUGAACUAUCUGACCAAAUGGAGGAUUCACCGAUGGAUGAAGACAAUAAGGAGACACAGGAACAUGUUUAUGAUUACGUUGUGUUGGGAGGGACAUUCGACAGACUCCAUUAUGGGCACAAAAUCAUGUUGAGUGAAGCUAUUUUGCGUUGUAAAAAGAAAAUAACAGUAGGAGUCACUGAUACCCAGAUGCUCAAAAGUAAAAAGUUGUGGGAGUUGGUGGAACCUUGCGAUCUCAGGAUGAGAAAAGUCAGAGAUUUCCUCGAGGAAGUAGAACCAUCGUUGGAAUACGAUAUUGUUCCGAUCAACGACAUUUUUGGGCCAACAAAAGAUGAUCCUACAUUCCAGAUGAUCGUGGUGAGCUCUGAAACAAUAGGCGGAGGAGGGAAAAUCAACGAGAUCCGAGCGGCCAAUGACCUUAACCCACUGUGUAUCCAUGAGGUCGAGUUGUUGGCAGAUAUCAACAGAGAAAACGAGGUGGAAGAAAUGAAGAUCAGCUCCAGCAACUUGAGGAUACGAUGUUUGGGGACUCUCCUUAGACCUCCUCAACCGAAGGCAAUGAUUCCCGUACGCCCUUACAUAGUCGGACUGACAGGGGGGAUAGCCAGCGGAAAGUCCAACAUUGGAGAACACCUGAAGCAGCUUGGUGCUGGAGUGGUGGACUGUGACCGACUUGCUCACUACGUUUACCGACCUGGCACCACUGGUCAUCGUCAGGUCGUCGAACUGUUUGGCUCCGAUAUACUGGAUGAGAUGGGAGCCGUGGACCGCAAGAAACUCGGUGCCAUUGUGUUUAACAACAAGGAGCAGCUAGACAGGUUAAGUGCGCUGGUGUGGCCCCUGAUCCUGGAGGAAGCUCAGGUUCAAGCUCAAACCUUGUACUCUCAGGGUCACGAGGUCGUCGUGCUGGAAGCAGCAGUCCUCAUCCGAGCCCGGUGGACCGAGGCGUGUCACGAGGUCUGGGUCUCAAUUGUGCCACCCACUGAGGCAAUAAAGCGAGUGAUGGAAAGGAAUGGAAUAUCAGAAGAUGAGGCUAAAGCACGACUAGAUUCGCAGCCGACAAACACAGAUUAUGUGGAGCAAGCCAACAUUGUGUUCUGCUCUCUGUGGCAGAAGGAGUUCACCCACAAGCAGGUCGACAAAGCUUGGACGAAUCUCAAGGAGAGGCUGAGCCUUCCGUAGUUAGUACUUGUACUUCAUAGCUCGGUUCUGGUUACCCGGUUUCAACACUUCAUGUGAUAUACUUAAAAGAAAAUUGCCUAAGCCUGAAUAGAUUUUUGUAAAGGUGCAUUGUUAUAGUAAGUGUUUGUACUUAUAUUUUACAGUGAAAUCUAGCUUUUGUUACUAAUGGUUAAAUAAAUAUAUUAUAUUUUAUUUUUA